CAAAAACUGAAUCUCAAUUUUUUCCUGUUUAUGAGAUUGAUUUAUUUGAUCAAUUUAUUAUAAAAAUUUAAAAUCGAUAUUUUUGAUCUAAAUUAGAUUGGACGAUUACUAGAGAUUUUAAAUCCCAUCCCAUCCCUAUAGCUUAACUAAAUUUGUUAAUGGCGGAUGCGCUUGCGUGAUGCCGGUAUCGUGUUUUUAUUGCAUUUAGUUUGGCGUCAUUUUGUGUGAAUUUGUGAAACAGUUAUUAUUGGCAUUUUUUAUCUGAAUACCACACUUCGUCAUCAUGGUAGCCCAAAAGAAAGGUCGCGGAGCUAAAACUCAGGCAGCUAAACCCAAGCCCGCUGAAGAUGUCGUUGAAGAAGCAGAAGUUCCAGAACAAGCCGAAGAGAACAAUGGCGUAUCGGAUCAAGUUGAGCAUGGAGACGACGGAAUCGCUGCUGAAGGCGCUGAGAACGCUGAUGAGUCUACGGAGGGUGAUCAGAAUCAAGAAAAUCCUGAUGGCGAAACAAAAACUGAAGAGAAGCAGGAGGAAAAAGUAGAAACUGGUAAAUUGCUGGUCGAGAACCUCCCUUCGAGCUACCUCUUCGACUACCAGGAAAAGCUCAAGGAGUUGUUCUCAAAACACGGGGAAAUCAAUACAGUCAAACGUGGUCCAAUCAUUGUAACUGAACUGACCACAACUCCGACAUUAUCGGCUAUAGUCGAAUUCAAAAACAAAGACAGUCUGGAAAAGGCGCUGUCGGAGCACGGCGCCGUGGUGGAGGGGCACGCGCUCUCCGUGGCGGUGGAGUCGCGCGCCGAGACCGCCGUGCUGGUGGGGGUGCCCUACGAGGCCAGCACGGACUACGUGCGCCUGCUGUUCGCGCACUGCGGCGACGUGGCGCACAUCCACGAGUUCAGCAAGACCAAGUACAAAAUCUUGCGGGUGACAUUCCACGACAAGGAGUCCGUCGAGAAGGCGCUGAAGCUGGACCGCGAGCUCCGCAUCAACGGGUUCCUCGUCACCGUCUCCAAAUAUCGCGACGAAGACGAACAGAAAGCUCAUAAUGCAAGUAUUAACAAGAACAAGCGGCAGCACCCGCAGCAGCAGAACCGCAACGCUGCGAGCGCCGCCAACAACACCAGCAGCCCCGCCGGCCGCGCCAACAACUUCCGGUCCCGCGGGAGCUCCUUCAACGCGCAGGGGAACUUUAGAGGCACGCGCGGGCGCGGCGGCGGCGGCGGCUUCGGGCGCGGCGGCGGCUUCCCUCGCGGCGGGUUCGCCCCCGUGACGUCAUACAUGCCGCCGCAGGGCUUCCUCGCCAGACCCGGCGGCUUCAUCAACGACGGACAACGGCCGAACAAGCGGCUGAGGAAGUACUAACCGGAGAUUGCAACGUAGUUAUUAAGGAAGUUGUCGUGAUCGUUCCGUGUCCGUGUGUGUGAGUGUGCGCGUGUAAUCUCACUCUGUACAGUUUAAGUUCAACGUAAUGCUUAUAGGAUCCGGAUAAUCAUGACUCAUCUCGAGUCCACAGACUUGUUUUAUAUUAGGUCCGACCGACAAUAUAAUGUGGAGUAAAUAAUUAUUAGCAUACAGAAAUAUUUAUAUUAAUGGAAUCUAAUAAACUAUUGGCAACCUCCUCGGGCUUGCGUUUGUAGUGGAUGUUUGCACGUGCUCCCGCGGCGCAGUGCUGUGAACGGCAAAAGUUGAUCACCAACCAACUGGGUCUGACCUAAUAUAAUUCAGCUCUUAAUGUUAGUUCACUCUUCAACGUAGGCCAUACAAAUAUUUAUUUAGAAUAUUGAUGAACAUAGUUUUACAAUAAACUAAAUUAACCUAUAAAAUUAAAUAUUACUAAUUUUUUCGGUAGUUGAUAUGAAUUUUAAAAUAUUGAGUAGUUUCUGUGAGUAUUCAAAUAUGACAAGAUUUCGAUUAUUCUAGAAACAGUUUGAUUUUGCCUAUUUUGCCUUUACUGGGUUGACUUCUGUGUUUACCAGUGUGCUGUGAGAGUGAACUCGUAUUAAAUAGCAUCAAAUUAUGAUACGUUAUGCACAUUUUAUUAAAUGAUCAAGGUUUUUCUAUUCUGUAAAAAAUGAUUUCGUUUUACGUAAAUUGUAUCGAGAAAGAUUAUAUAUGAGACAACAGCGACAAACGGCCUUCGCUUCGAGAUAAAAUAUUGAAUUUUUUUAUAAUUACUUUUAUUUCUUUUCACGUUUUGGUGAAAUGAUUGUAUGUCGCUCUGACACCAGAGCACGCCGAUGUUUGUGUAGACAACACAACCAGCUAUGCAAAGUUCACUAAUAUAAGAAUUCAUACUAAUGUAAUAUUAUAGGAGAAAUCGCCGAAUCGGCUAUUUAUAAAAAUAUUGCAAUUUUGUAUAAGUAAGAAAAUAAGUUUCGAUGGUUUUGUGAAAUUCAAGAUCCUUUUGGGAAGUUGUAAACUAGUUUUACAUGAUUUUAAAGUCCAGUCAUUGAGAAACAAAAUCACUAUUUCAUUAAACCUGAAACAAAUAAUGAAUUAAUAUAAUCCAAAUGCAACGAUUUAAUAAAUUAAAAGAUUUUAAAACUUGAAAUAAACAGUAUUUGAGGGAGGCAGUAUUUGAGAUCGUUUUCUGUAGUUUGAAUAAAUAUUUUAAACACUUUUAUCUUGUAUUAAUUUUAUGGAGUUCUGAGAUCGGAGUUGCGAAUUAAACCUUUUAAAGUUACGGGGGGUUUGAGAAUUUUAGUACUUAAACUACAAGGCUUAAGCAACGUGAAUUCAUCGUAUUAAAUAUCUUUACCUUUUGAAGCAGGUUGCAUUAGUCACAGAGUAUCAAGAAAAUUUUAAUUGUAUUUAUUUUUCGUGGUAAACAUAAAAUUAUAUCUGUGGCGGAAAACAAUGUAUUUCAUUUACAUUGUUAAGAGUUUUUUUAACUCUGCUCUGAAUGCACCUACAUCUAAUUGAUUCACAGGUCGAAAAAAUACAAAUGGCAAAAUACAAUUAUGAAAUUUAAUGAAAUCUAAUGAAUUGUUUGUAAUGUUUGUUUGAUUUGAAUUUAAACCACGGGUGAAUUAUUUUAUGUAUCGAGUAUAAAUUGUGUGCUUAGACGUACGCUAAUGUAAGCGAGAAUGUUGAACGAUGGAGCGUCGGCGCUAUCGAAUGAGGUAAAAUUGUUUUAUAUUGCACUUAAAUACAUAACAUUAAUUAACAUUAAAUACAAAACUAUUUUUGUUCAAGUAAUUUAUAGCAAGCAAUAUUUGGUCAAGGUAUUUCACUAACAAAAUUUCUAAACACGAGAAAUCAGGUUUAUUAGAACAAAAGUAGAAAUCAUUAUAUGUUUCACUUGUAGAAGUGAAAUUUAGAGCCCUAGCCUUAAAGGAAAUCUCUCACGUGGUCAAAACGGUAAACUCUAUUGGUAAUAUUAUUAUUAUAUGAUUUUUAUUAUGAAGUUUAUUUGGCGAGUUUAACCAUAAAGAACUUCAGAGUCCAGUUUUAGAGACCCCAAUAUGUAAAAAGUAGGUAUAUGGCUACGUCACAUGAUUUUUGUUUGAUUGCGUGUAUAUAACCAAGAAAAUAAUUUAUUUGACCGCGAUUUUAGUUAUUAUCAUGUCAGUAACCACCAGCAUUACUACAUACCUUCGUUUUCGCCAACACCGUUCAUACAUAUACCUUACUAUGCUUUGAUACAAAAUGUACAUUUUAAAACAAUUUUAUUCUUAUAUUUAAGUUUGAACUCAUAAUUAUAUAGAUAAAUAAAAUCAGUAUCUCGCUUACAUGGACAAUAGAAUAACCGAGAUAUAUUAAGAUUAAGCUUAAAUUAUUUGUCCUUUUAUGUGUAAUAUAAAUGAACCACCAAUGGAUUUAGACGUAAAAAAUAAGCCCCUUUGGAGUUGUUCAACAAUAUUGUAAUAUAAAAAGAUGUAUAAAAUUCAUUACUACAUAUUUUAUUGUUGAGCAUCGCAGACGCGGCUUGUUAGAUAGUCCCGACUAUUAAAUCCAUAGUAAACACUGAACAGAGCGUUGCCUUAGUAUGAUUGAAUUUACAUCCUGUCCCUGUGGGUAAUUCAUAGAUUAUUGGACUUACUUCCAGUCUUGUAUUUUAAAGAAACAGAUUAUUUGUAGUGCCAAUGUUUUAGUAUGUUAUUUUAUACACAAUAUUAGUAUUUUCUGUAUACAUGUGUAAAAGCACUAUGUAGUGGGAAUAUCUCGCCAUUUGCAAUAACCUAUAACUUGUUUAAUGAAUAUAUUAAUAAUAAAGAGGAGAUCCCAAUUAUAUAUAUAAUGAUAAUUAAUGUAUAAAUCUGUUGGUUUCUUUCGCCUGCAUUGGCGCAUCAGUAUGAUUUUACGUAAUUUUUUUUAAUAAAAUAUAGCGCUAUGGUUCAAAUAUUAACUUUUCUAUUCGAGAGAUUCGCUUGUGUGAAGGGAUUUACGUCUGUUUAGUGUCUUUAUUUGUGAUUUAAGUUGUCACAGUAAAAUAUAUUUUAUGUACAUACCUACGUUGUAAUAUGAAGUACGGGAGCGAGGCCGUCUGUCUGAAAUAAAUCUAGCUAAUUGUAUUUACUAAGUACAUGAAAUUAGAUAAUUUUAAGCUAUAAUGUCUUUUGACAAGUAAUAAAUGUAAUUACUAACAUUGAA